AUGUCAUCUCGCUUUGAGCCAGAAUACGAAGCAUAUUUCAAAAGAGACGUUGUGCCAACAGAUUAUAAUGAUGAAGUCAACGACUAUCCUGUAUACGAUGAAAUAGACAUGAAGGACUUUGAGUAUAGUAGCGCAAAUAGAACAUUCUAUUAUCCAUGUCCUUGUGGCGACAGAUUUGAGAUUUCACUCGAUGACUUGAGAAAUGGAGAGAUAAUAGCAAGAUGCCCGUCAUGCUCUCUGCUUAUACGAAUAGUUUACGAGUCUGAUGACUUGCAAGCCUAUGAGUAA